UUUGAUUAAGAUAUACCUAUUCUUCACUUCUUCAUCGUCCUAGUUUAUCUCCUUCUAACAAAGAAUUCCCUCUCGUGUACAUGGUAAUCCCAAAAUCUAAGAAAAACCCAAUUCAAUUGAACCCCUCGAAUUGUUUAUCUUUCUUCUUCCCAUGGCUGCUGCUGCUGCACUCAGAUCCAAACCUUCCGUAGAAACAGCCUCUUUGACGGUCUCUCAAUUCAGACACUUCCUGUCUAAUUACAUGCACUAUGGUCGCAUGGCUAGCUCCUCUCACUCUACUACCUACCGUACCAAAUGGGACGACCACUUUGUUAACACUCCUUAUCACUUCACUUCUUUCAAGCCCGUCUCGCUUCGGGGUGAACUCGUCGAAAAGGGUUCCCAGUUAUUGGAUAUUAGGAGAACUUGCCGCGGCUUAAAUAAGGAUUUCGAUAGAGAAUUGAGAGAGAAAUUGAAUUAUAGUAAUUGUACGGUGUUGAGUUCUUAUGGAGAUCCACCAGAGGUUUGGCAGCCCCCAGGGGAUGGGGUUGCGAUUCGUGUUAGUGGGGUGAAUUUGGGCCGUGGUGGUGGAGGAGGAGCUGGAGGGGGAGGAGGGGCGAGUACAGGUUCUGGAAGCGGGUUUGGGCCGGGUUCAAAGGAUGGGUGUUGGGGUGGAUCCAAUUUGGGGCAUAAUUUCCCGACUCCGAAAGAUAUUUGUAGAGGAUUGGAUAAGUUCGUGAUUGGGCAGGAGAGGGCAAAGAAGGUUCUAUCAGUGGCAGUUUACAACCACUAUAUGAGAAUAUACCACGAGUCAUUACAGAAGCGGCCUGCAGGAGACUCAGGUAGCAAUAUAGCAGAUGUACUAGAUGAUGAUAUAGUGGAACUGGAGAAAAGUAACAUUCUUUUAAUGGGGCCGACAGGGUCAGGGAAAACAUUACUUGCGAAAACCUUGGCUCGCUUUGUGAAUGUUCCUUUUGUUAUUGCGGAUGCAACUACCUUGACUCAGGCAGGGUACGUAGGUGAAGAUGUCGAGUCUAUAUUAUACAAGCUCCUUGUGGUUGCUGAUUAUAAUGUUGCAGCUGCACAACAGGGCAUUGUUUACAUUGAUGAAGUUGAUAAGAUUACCAAAAAGGCUGAGAGCCUUAACAUUAGCAGGGAUGUGUCUGGGGAGGGUGUUCAGCAGGCAUUACUAAAGAUGCUAGAGGGAACAAUUGUUAAUGUUCCUGAGAAGGGAGCUAGAAAGCAUCCUAGAGGUGAAAAUAUUCAGAUUGACACGAAGGAUAUACUCUUCAUAUGUGGGGGUGCCUUUAUUGAUAUAGAGAAAACAAUUUCAGAAAGACGUCAAGAUUCUUCUAUUGGUUUUGGAGCCCCAGUGCGUGCAAACAUGAGAGCUGGUGGUGUUACAAAUGCUGCUGUGGCAUCAACUUUAAUGGAGUCUGUUGAAAGUAGUGAUCUCAUUGCAUAUGGUUUGAUACCGGAAUUUGUUGGACGUUUCCCAGUUCUUGUCAGUUUAUUGGCUCUAACUGAAGAACAACUUGUUCAGGUUCUAACAGAGCCAAAGAAUGCCCUAGGCAAGCAAUACAAAAAGAUGUUCCAAAUGAAUGGCGUCAAACUGCAUAUCACAGAAAAUGCUUUGAAAUUAAUUGCCAGAAAAGCAAUAUCUAAAAAUACGGGGGCCCGGGGUUUAAGAGCCAUCUUGGAGAAUAUCUUGAUGGAUUCCAUGUAUGAGAUUCCAGAUAUCAGGACUGGUGAUGAUGUAAUAGAUGCAGUAGUAGUUGACGAGGAGGCUGUUGGAUCUGAAGGCCGUGGAACUGGGGCUAAGAUUCUUUAUGGUAAAGGUGCAUUGGACCGAUACCUUUCACAACAAAAAUCGAAGGACUUGGAGACAACUGCAGAGGGAUCGGAUGGGGAGCCUGAGGUGGAAACGGAGCUUCCUUCAGUAGUUGCCAGCAUGUGAUCAAUUUGAUGAAAUUGUAGAUGUAACUUCAUUGUACAUAAUAAGCUCACAUUAAUUUAAUAGAUUAUGCAUGCAAUUACUAUCAUUUCUUGGAAACAUGCAGUUUUAAUUUACCUUAUUAGCAAGCAACCCCAUUCCAUAUGGAUAUUGAUUCAUCUCAGUUCAGUUAUUUCAGUAAUACAGUGACUGAGAUUCAGUGUUGUAUGAGCUAUAUUUAUGGAUAAAUAUACAUAAAGUGUUAUUGAUUACAAAAGAAAUUAAA